UGGAGACGAUAAAUCAAGUCGAAGCUCUCUCUCCCUCUCUUCCAGUACUAGCCAAUAGCCAUAACCAAGUGAAAUGAAGUCCACCCGGCUAGCUUUGCGGUUCACCCCUCUUUCUUGAUUCUCUCCUUAACUUUUUCAGUUCUUGUUCGAGUAUGUACUGUAUUAGUUUCAGCUAUACUUGCAUUUUUAAAGAGACUGUAACAGCUCUUUCGAGUCAUAGAGAGUCUUUUAAAGGAAGACACUUUAGAAAUUUGAAGGUUUGCUCAUAUGGGUACUUGGGAAACAGGUGGACAUUGAAGAAAAAACCAAUGGGUUUGUGUGGGUUUGUUAUGAAAAUCCCAAAUGAAGGGGAGGAACUCACCAAGGAAAAGCACACAAUCUUGACACCUUCAGAAGAGGUUACAAGGUUUCUUGAGUCUACAACUGACCCAAGUUCUGCUUUUUCAUAUUUUAUGGUUGUUGCUGAGUUACCCCAUGUUGUUCACACCACUGAAACGUGUAAUUACAUGCUUAAAGUCUUGAUGACUCAUAAGAGGGUGGUGGAUAUGGCUGCUGUUUUUGAUUUCAUGCAAAAGAAAUUCAUUCACCGGAAUUUGAAUACUUAUCUAGCUAUAUUUCAAGGUCUUUACAUAAGUGGUGGAAUUAGACAAACACCAAUUGCUCUUGAGAAGAUGAGAAAGGCUGGGUUUAUUUUGAAUGCUUGUUCAUAUAAUGGGUUGAUCCAUUUGCUUGUCCAGUCAGAAUUUUGUAGGGAGGCUCUGGAGGUAUACAAUAGAAUGGUCAUGGAAGGGACGAAGCCAGCCCUGAAGACUGUUUCAACACUUAUGGUAGCUUUUGGAAAGCGUGGGGAUACUCAAACUGUAAUGGGUUUGUUAGAAGAGAUAGAACAGUUGGGAUUGAGGCCUGAUAUUUAUACAUUUAACAUAUGCAUUACAGCUCUUGGAAAGGCUGGAAAAACUGAUGAAGCUUAUGAUGUAUUCAAGAGAAUGGAAGAAGAGGGAUGUGAUCCAAAUGUUAUUACUUAUAAUGUUCUCGUUGGUGCUCUUUGUAAAGCAGGUAAACUUGAUAAUGCCAUGGCACUAUUUGUAAAGAUGAAAGGUAACAGCAGUCUCAAACCCAAUCGUGUAACGUACAUUACUUUGUUGGACAGGUUAAGUGAUUGUGGAAAGUUGGAAACUUUGAUAGAAAUUUGUGAUGAAAUGAAAGCUGAUGGUUAUGCUCCUGAUGUACGAACAUUCAACAUUCUUAUUGGUGCUUUAUGCAAAGCAGGCGAUGUUGACAAAGCAUUUGAUACUCUGGAUUUCAUGAAGGAAAAAGGGGUCUCUCCAGUACUUAGUACUUACAACACCUUGAUUGAGGGACUAAUAAAAGCAAGUAGAUUGGAUGAGGCUCUAAAACUUUUGAGUGAUAUGAAAUCCUUAGGUGUCAUGCCUGACACAAUCACAUAUAAUACAGUCAUUUCUGGUUUGGUGAAAUCUAUUAGUGUAGAUAAGGCUAUCGAUUUCUAUUACGAACAUGAAGGUCGUGAUUUCGCCCCUUCUCCUUGUACAUACAGUCUGCUCAUUGAUGGCCUUUUCGUGUCGGGUAGACAUGAAGAAGCAAUGGUUUUCUUUGAGGAGAUGGCUGUAUAUGGUUGCAAACCUAACUGUGAGGUUUAUAGUAUUCUUAUAAAUGGAUUUAGCAAAAUGGGAGAUGUGGAAACUGUCUGUGAAUUGUUUAAAAGAAUGGUUAAAGAAGGAGUAAUACCAGACUUGAAGUGUUACAGAAUUGCUAUGAAUUGUCUAUGCAUUUCAGAGAAAAUUGAUGAGGCCCUGUAUUACUUUGAGGAACUGAAGCAGAAUAGUGCUAUUAGACCUGAUUCACAUUGUUAUAACCUUUUGAUUAAGGCACUUGUAAAAUCACAGAGGGUAGAAGAAGCUUUAUCUCUCUACACUGAAAUGAGGAGUAAAGGAAUAUUUCCUGAUCUUUACACAUACAAUAAACUAAUACUAAAGCUUGGGGUCACAGGAAUGGUGGAGCAAGCAGUGAGUAUGUAUAAUGAACUACAGCUUAAAGGUCUUGACCCCGAUGUUUACACCUACAAUGCUCUCAUUCAAGCUUACAACAUGUCAGGAAAUCCAGACCAUGCUAAUGCAGUUUACAAGAAAAUGAUAGCUGCUGGCUGCGACCCGAAUGAAGAAACAUUUGCACAACUUCCUAAUCAAACUUUGAAGGACUUCAAUCCUUUGAAACAGAAAAUUUCUCAGAAGUGUGUUUGAGGUAUAAACCCUUGUGUUUUUAUUAAGGGUGUGUUUGGAAAAACACAAGAUUUGAUGUAACUCGAGAAUUACUUAUUUGGUGUGUUUAUCUAAGUAAUUACACAAUUGGAGAUAAUUGAAGAGUUUUAUUUACACUCUUCAAUUCUCAUAUUCUCAUUAGCUAUCAGAAUUGAGUGUAAUUUGUAAUUUGUAAUUUGUAAUUUGUAAAUUGUAGUUAUGAAAUAUUAACAGUUUUAGAUAAUUUUAAUCA